AGGUCUGAGAGGAGCAGACUGGGAGCUGACGAGGCCACCCCAGUGGUGGCACCAGAGCACUCUCAGGCAGCAGACCCAGAGCCUUCCCUCCCAAUCCCAUUGUUCAUGGAUUUUGUUGCUGGAGCCAUCGGAGGUGUCUGCGGUGUUGCUGUGGGCUACCCCCUGGAUACGGUGAAGGUCAGGAUCCAGACGGAGCCAAAAUACACAGGCAUCUGGCAGUGUGUCCGGGACAUAUAUCACAGAGAGCGGGUGUGGGGCUUCUACAAGGGCCUCUCGCUGCCCGUGUGCACUGUGUCUCUGGUCUCAUCUGUGUCUUUCGGCACCUACCGCCACUGCCUGGCACACAUCUGCCAGUUCCGGUACGGCAGCAUUGACGCCAAGCCCACCAAGGCCGACAUCACUCUCUCAGGAUGUGCCUCCGGCCUUGUCCGUGUAUUCCUGACGUCACCUACUGAGGUGGCUAAGGUGCGCCUGCAGACGCAGACCCAGCAGCGGCGGCCCUUAGCCUCAGCUGUGCCCCCCAUGUAUCCUGUACCCUCUACAUGUCUGGUGCCCAAGUACCAUGGGCCACUUCACUGCCUGGCCACAGUGGCCCGUGAAGAGGGGGUAUGCGGCCUCUACAAAGGGAGUUCGGCCCUGCUGCUCCGGGAUGGCCACUCCUUCGCCACCUAUUUCCUCUCCUAUGCCAUCCUCUGCGAGUGGCUCACCCCUACUGGCCACAGUCAGCCAGAUGUCCUGGGUGUAUUGGCAGCAGGAGGCUGUGCAGGGGUCCUGGCCUGGGCUGUGGCCACCCCCAUGGAUGUGAUCAAGUCGCGCCUGCAGGCGGAUGGGCAGGGUCAACAGCGCUUCCGGGGCCUCCUGCAUUGCGUGGUGACCAGUGUGCGCGAGGAGGGGCUGAGGGUCCUUUUCAAAGGGCUAGCGCUCAACUGCUGCCGUGCCUUCCCUGUCAACAUGGUGGUCUUUGUUGCCUAUGAGGCUGUGCUGAGGCUUACCCGGGACCUGCUCACUUAGCUUGUUCUAACACCCCAGCAGCCAACCCAUCAGCAGCUGCCAGAGGUCAUAGUAGCUGUAGGAGGCAAAGGGGAGUGUUGCUGGGGUUGGGACCCCACAGGCCACCAACCAGGACAGCUGGGGGCCUCUCUAUGCCAGUAAGCUGAGGUCUGAGCUUGGCCUGCCCAGCCACCAACCACAAGAAAGUCCAGGGGCUGAAGUGUCAUCACCCAAGGUUAGCCUGAGGAUCACAUGAGCCAGGGAGGAGUGGGCCUCUGUUAUGAGUGCAGGUCAUGUGGUCAGUUGUUCAUUCUAGCUUUCCCCAAUCCCCUCUUCCCCCAUCCACGUCUUCAGAGCACCCCUCCAUUGGCUCAGCCAUCCUUUCCCCAAUGCCACCUCCUCUCCCGCCACUGCCAUUUCUUGUGCUCUUCAUGUACUGUCCCCUCAGAGGUAGGCACAGCUGCUCUCCCCACCAGCCUGGGGGCUGUGGUGAGCCUUAGCCGGGCUGGCACCACGUCUGGCCAAUUUGUUCCUGUACCAGGCUGCUCUGAGAGGACACUGCCAGGAUAGCCAUGCCCACCUGGACUUUGGCUUUGGCAGGGCCCUGGAAUCAUCGCCUGGCUGGGGAACUUGGUAUACUCUCAGUGCAUGCAUUUGCCCAUGGAGACACCAAAGGCCCAUUUGGAGCUGUUGUAAAUAAAAGGUUUCUGAGGUUUCUGAAGCAUCUCAGUGGUGUUGCCCCAUGGUCUGUGGGGUUGCUGACCCAUUCUCUGCCUCCAGCCUAUCUCUGGUUCCUGGGAGGCCUGCUUGCCCAUCCCAGCCCAGGGAUGUGGGGCCAUGAUUCUGUGCAUUUCUCUUCUGGCUGGACACGUUCUCCAGCCCCAGUAACCAGCACUCCCACUGUGCAGACAGGCACCCUGAAGCCCCGAGCCCAUCCUAGUGGGUUCUACUCCCUCAGCCUCCUGGUGGUGGGGACCUGGUGUUAUGGCCCUUAGCCCUGCUGUAGGAAUCUGUUCAGUAUGACAUCUGCUCCCCUUGCCAUCCAUCCCAAACCCACCUGCUUCCUGGGUAAAACCUGGUUCCAGGCAGUUCCUCCCAGCUGCCCCUCCAUGGGGACUGUGGGUAGGAGAGCGUCAGGCACUUUACCCAGGUUAUCCCAUCAGCCUGACACCAGGUGAACAAACGGCUCAGGAAGGGAGAGGGCCUUGCCUGAGGUCAUACAGCUAGGGGUGGGGGAGAUGGGACUUGUGUUUGUGCUUCCGCAGUUCCAGGCACAAGGGCCACUGGGACCAGGGCUGGUAGGCUCAACAUGAAUCCACCAAGGCUCUACUAUAGCAGCCCUCAGUAGAGCUGGUGGACACCUGCUUCAGCUACACUCACUCACAGACCUUGACCAAGUCUGUGGACUGAACAUCCUCUAGUGUCCUGCUGAACAAAACUCUUCUAUUCCCAGAAUGAGGGAUGGACUUCUCUUCUGUGCCUGCUCCUGUCGUGCUGGUCCCUGUAUCUGCUGUGCUCCUGGGUACCUGACUUUAUACCCUAUGCCCUUUGCCAGGAACACUCUUUGCCUAGCUGACUCCCCCUUUCAGGUAUCACAUUCUCUAGGAGCCCUCCCUGCCUGACCACCAGGCUGCUUUCAGGUGUCUCCUGCUCUGCUCCCAUGGAGACAUGGUCGAUUGUCUGGCUAUCCCUUUACCCUCAACCCCAUUUGAGCCUGUGAGCCGUCCAAGGACAGUAUCUAGCUCCUAUGCCUGGUGCAUAGUAGGUGCUCAGGGGGUUUGGAAUAAAUGAGUGAGUAAAUAGUUGAAUGAAAUCCUAUAAUAGAUUUCUGGAAGUUCAUCUGGCUUAGAAAGUUGAGUUAAAGAUGCUGAGAUGCUCUGGCUAAAUGCUGGGAAAAGGGUGCCAGCUAAUAAAAAGUUUCAAAAAUUUCUCGAACUCUGCCCUUGUGGCCACUUUUGUCAAGAAGACCACACUUGUCUCUCUGCCUUGGAAGGAGAGUUACUGGCAGAGGACACUCAUGGCUCUGAGGAUGCCAGUCUGGGAGGGUGGGAGCCUUUGGUUCCUUCUGAGCAGCUAGCUACUGGGCUGUCACAGGAGAGGUGGCUUUGCAGGAAAGC